AACAUUUUGCAGAUUCUGUGAACUUUUGACUUCAAUUGUAUAUACUCUCACAAAACAGUAUCAUGGUAUUACCAUGUCAAAAAACUAGUACUACACAGUGCCACCAUAAACACCCUCAAUACACUGAUUUUUGGUCAGUCAAUAUGUUUUUUUUAAAAUAACAAAUUCUUAAAACAUCUAUUAAAAAAGUAAUGUGGUGGUACUUUGAAACAUACCAUGGCACUAAACUCCAUGGUAUGAAAUGGUGCAUAUCCAACAAACCAUGGUGUGUUUUUGUAUGUGUAAUGGCAAGCCAUUUAAUUCUCUUGCAUUUGGUGCACUGGGAACCACUUAUCUAAGAUAGCAAGAUCUGAAAACGGCACCUUCUGUAUUAAAAAAAAGCAUCAGAUCUCACAAAUUAAAUGCUUUCUGCUUGAUACACAGAUGAAAAAAAAACAUGCAUGGACAUUAGGAUCUAUAAUUAAAAAAUGGACAUUAUAUAAAAAAAAAUAGACUCUCUGACCUCUGAGAAUGUUUACGUGAGCUUGUGACCUAGUAGAAGUUGGGGGCCGCCAGAUGACACAUGGAUGAUACUUCACCGGUUUGUUUCACAGUCUAAACGCAGUCUCUGAAAUCAGUAAACGGAAAUUUGUUUCAUUUUUAAGAAGUGAAACCGAGCAGUCUAAAUACCUGGAAGUCCUAAAAACAUUAGCGAGAAUUUGAUUUGCAGUAGGAAAAUGUUUAUGUAUUUUUAUAAUGCAAUAGUCAGUCAGAUUGGCUUCUGAGACAGAUUAUUGUCAGAUUAGACCCCAAUGUCCCAUGUCCUUGACUGAAAAUCCUCUUUCGCUGACCACUGGGAACUGAGACACCAGCCCUGCAUAUAUCUGCAGAUUAAACGUUUCAUGUCACAGUGACAGCUACAGGAAAAUAUUGCUAAUUUAGUCAUUUAAAAGCACAGAUGGUUGGAAUUUGCAAAGCCAACACAUGAAACCUAACAUGACAUAUUUCGACAAGGUGAGCAGGGAUUGGUCAGCGAUCCUCCUAAUACCCACCCUCUGCAUUCCACAGCCAAUCACAGCUCAGUUUGAGCAACAGGCCCACACAGGACAUUUUUGUUGUGUUCUGGCAUGCAUGUGAUAGUAAACAGUUUUACAGUCUCUUUCUAUUUUCAGAACAUUUCACUGCCUUUCUACGACGUUAUAAAUAGCUCAGAAAAGUGUCAUUUCAGAAAAUAGCAUCUGUUUACACUUAAUGCCUGAAUGCAUUUGUAUCUGUUUGUCAUCCUUACUGUCUUCCUCACGUUGCCUGUUUCUUUCACCCUGUGUGAGGUCAUUACUAAUUUAUUCCUUCCUUUGUGGCGUUUCCAACAAGAGCUGAAAGCUGUCUGAAUGUAGGACAGAACCGCAUCUCAAAUUAGCCGACCUCCCUUCCUCUCUCUCUUCACUUCGGCUCACUCAAGCAUGACUGAUGUAGUUUUAAAGAAAGAGGCUCCAGGUCUGUAGAGACCGAGAGAAAGAGGCCAUACAUUGAGAACGAGAAAGAGAGAAGUGAAGGAUGAAAGACGACCGGUUCUCAUCUCAGUGAAUUGUGGGUUUCUGUCAGCAUUGCAGAUGUACACACUGCCAACAACACACACAAUAUCAGCCCGGCGGCCUUGAACGGCAGUGUAAACACUGUCUGUCCUGCUUGAUUUGCAUCUAUUGUAUUUGUGUUUAGGUGUGUGUGAUUCUUUUUGUACACUAUACUCAGACUUUCAGCUACAAAGAGCUCUUUGUGUGGCUGGCCUCUGCACACAGCUGUGCUGUGAUUGGCUGAGAGCGCAGAGCUUAUGUGUAAUUGGUCCGGCAGCUUUUACAGGAGUCAGAUGGGGUUUGAUGGUGAAUUAAAACCAGUAUGAGAUGCAAACACACACAUACACACAAAUCUGCACAUGCUUGCUUUACCAUCUCCAGAAUGUCCAUCGCUGUGCGUAUAAACCAGCUAACCCUUAUACUUCUGUCUGUGCACCUCAUUCCAACCAAUCCAGUGGCUGAGCAAAGGUCACUCGGUAAAAGCCGAAAGCGUGUGAAUCCCGUGCUCCACACGGAUCCUCCCGCCCCAGACCCCAUCCGAGACACUCAUCAGUACUGCAAUUACCCCAACCUCACUGAGCAUGGCUGGGAGGGUCACAGUCCAGCUGACUACAGGCUGGUGUCAGUACAUGUGAUGAUUCGGCAUGGAGACCGUUUCCCUCUGUACUCCAUCCCCAAAACCAAGAAACCCGCCAUAGACUGUGUCCUAUCAGACAAGAGAAAUCCCUCUCACCCCCUCUUGGCCUCCUUCAUUAAUCACAUGGCUCUCGGUGGGCGUGGUCACUGGGACGCAUCACUGGGAUCUUUGCCCCGAUUACCCAAUCACAACACCUGUGAAAUGGGCGAACUCACACAGACAGGAGUCGUACAGCACUUGAAAAACGGCGAUCAUCUUCGCCAGGCCUACAUAAAGCGUCACAAUCUGCUUGCUGCUGAUUGGUCGCCGCGCCAGUUGUGGGUGGAGACUACAGGCAAAAGCCGCACCCUUCAGAGUGGACUGGCCUUCCUCUUCGGCUUCCUGCCACGUUUCGAUUGGUCACGGGUGACGGUAAGACAGCAGUGGAGUACGCUGUUUUGCGGUUCCUCGUGUGACUGUCCCGCACGCAACCGGUACCUAGACCAAGAGCAGCGCAGGCAGUAUCGACAGAGGACUGCAGACACGGAACUGGAACGCACGUAUGUCACCAUGGCAAAAACGCUGGGCGUGGCCACAAAGACUCUAAGGGCGGCCAAUCCGGUGGAUGCUUUGUUGUGUCACUUUUGUCAUGGUCUUCCUUUUCCAUGCUCUAGCACACAGACUACAUUAAAAGCCCCGGACGAGGGGGCGUGUCUUACACUACAGCACUUCGCUGUGAUUCGACGGCAGCAGAAAGAUGACGAACUGGAGCGGCGGGGGGCGGGGCUUUACCGCCGUUAUUCUGUGCUGGCGGCGCAUCCGUAUCUCAACCGCACCGCAAUGCGAAUGGAGAGGAUUGCAAGAGGAUCACGUAAAGGCAAGGAAGAGGCGGUUUUCGCUUUAGCAUCCGCUCAUGACGUAACAAUGGCGCCGCUGCUAAGCGCGCUUGGUCUGGAAGGGGCGGGAUUUCCAAAGUUUGCAGCACGGCUGGUGUUUGAGCUGUGGAACGGCCCGGAAUUAAAAAACGAACAGAGAAAGAGUGAUAAGAAACGAGGAAAGUGGUUGGAAAAUAUGUUCAUUCGUGUUCUCUAUAACGGAGAGGACUUGACGUUUGACACAGCCUUCUGCCGUGACCACAAUCGACACUCUGCACAGCCGCUGUGCCCUCUGGGCAACUUCCUGUCUUUUGUGAGAAAGGAUAUGUUUAAUAUAGUCAAUGCGACGAGUUACCAGCAAGCCUGCCACCAUGUUGUACUGUAAUAUGUGAACGUGAAUGACUGACAGAGGAAUAGUUUACCCAAAUAUUCUUUAUAAUUCUGUCAUUAUUUAUCACUUCAUGUCGUUCCAAACCCAUAUGACUUGUCAUGAAAUGACAAACUUUUGAUGAACAUUCAAUGAAUGCAAGCUCAAAAAGCAAAAAAGCUCCCUAAAAUCCGUAAGACCUCUGCACUGUAUUCCAAGGAGUUUCCAGGUGCUUGUCACUGAAUGCUUGCAUUGUGUCAUUUGUGGUUUGGAAUGACAUGACACAAAAAAAUGAUGUCAGAAUGUUCAUUUUGGGGUGAACUGUUGCUUUAACAAUGAGUACUACUAAUGUUUUUGAUGUAGUAUUAAAGGAGAAGUUCCCUUCUAGAACAAAAAUUUACAGAUAAUUUACUUACCCUGUUGUCAUCCAAGAUGUUCCUAUCUUUCUUCAGUCGUAAAGAAAUUCAGUUUUCUGAGGAAAACAUUUCAGGAUUUUUCUCAAUAUAGUGGACUUCAGUGGUGCCUGUGAGUUUGAACUUCCAAAAAAAUGCAGUUUCUAAACGAUCCCAGCCUAGGAAAAAGGGUCUUAUUUAGCAAAACAGUUGGUUAUUUUCUAAAAAAUAAAAAGAGGGUUAAUAUACUUUUUAACCUCAAAUGCUUGUCUUGUCUAGCUCUGUGUGAACUGCAUUCUGGGUCAAUACAGUUAGGGUGUGUCGAAAAACUCACAUCUCAUUUUCUCCUCCAACUUCUAAAUCGUCCUACAACGUUGCAGAACUACCGACCUUGUUUUUACAAAGUGAAUGUGCAAAGGAGGUUAAAUGCCUCUUUAAAAAAAAAAGGUAAAACAUCGUUGUAGGACAAUUUUGAAGUUGAAGUUUGAGGAGAAAAUGAGAUAGUUUUUUGUCAUACCCUAACUGUCUUGAACCAUACGUGCCGAGUGUACAUGCACAUCGCAGAGCUAGGUGAGCAUUUAAGGUUUAAAAAGUAUAUAAACUGUAAAUUUUUUAGAAAAUAAUUGAUUGUUUUGCUGCAUUUAAACUGCGUUUUGGAAGUUCAAACUUGCGGGCACCAUAGAGGUCCACUAUAUGGGGAACUAUUUCUUUAAGACUGAAGAAAGAAAGACACACUGUAAAAAAAAAGUUUUUACCAGUUUCAACUUAAAAACUUUAAGUUAAAAGUUUAGCAGCUGACUUAAAAUUUUAAGUUAAAUCAACUUAAAAGUACUUACAAGUCAUUUCAACUUAUUUUAUUGUAGUGAGUUGAAAUGACUUGUACUUUUAAGUUGAUUUAACUUCAUCUUAUGGCAGCUGCUGAACUUUUUAAGUUGAAACUGGUGAAAAUGUUUACAGUGCAUGAACAUCUUGAAUGACAAGGGGGUGAGUACAUUAUCUGUAAAUUUUUGUUCUGGAAGUGAACGUCUCCUUUAAGUUUGUGGACCAAAUAAUUGUCCCUGCACAACAUUGUCUUUGGUACACUUUACUAAUCACACUGAUUAAAUUGAAGUUGUUUACAGUAAUUAUUUUAAGAUGCAGGCUUUUAUUGAACAUGCACGUCUGAUUGACCUGACGUGAUGUCAAAGAUCCUUCAAGAGCACCUGAAUCGAGACAAACAAUAGUUGAAACACCUCUUGCCUUCAUUCUGAGUCGGUGAUUUAGGAAUGCUGCACAGUCAUUAUGACAAUCCGAGUGGUUUUGCCUGAAAAUAAUAAUAAAAAAUGUGUUUGUCAUUUUUAGACCACAUUUCUCAAACACUUGUAUUAGAUUUAGGGCACUUCGCCACUUUAUUGCAGAGUUCCUGCGGUGAUCGGGAAUCUGAUGGUUAUUUCAGUUUUACAUCUCUUCCAUUGGAUUUCUCGUACAAGUUCUCACUUGAAUAGUAUUAGCAGAAUUUCUUGUUUUUAGCACAGUUGUGUUGUCCUGACACAUUCCUCACACAUUUUGUGUCCUUAGUUAUCUCCCUUUCUUUACAUAUAAUGUAAAGGUAAAACAAAGGAGUGGUAGUAUUAUUUGAGUACUGUAAAAUUGAUUCAAUAAACUUUUGUAUCAUGGUGUUCUUAUGAUCAGUCUGUACUGCCACAUUCCAAACCUCAAAGCACAAUUUUCAAUA